AUGAAUGGUGUGGGUGACUUCUCAACCUACAUGAAACCUUCUUGGGAAUUCCCCAUUCCAGUGCCCCCCGUUGGCCAGCCUACGUCAGGACGGCAUCAGUACUACCAGAGUGUGUCUCUGACAGGCAGCUCAGGUGUCCUCCCAGCUGGACAGAGACUCCAAGGACGCUCUCCUGUCCUACCCCCACUGGUUGAUCCUCCCAUACCUAUAACAAAUUGGUUUCCUGAUCUCUCUCCUCCCAAACGCCCUCUGCCGUUGCCACCUGCUAUUCUCGAGGGGCUAUACACAGACGCAUCCUCAGACCCAGCUUUGAGACAGGAGAAGGAGAUUGAGGAGAUGAUGAAGACAAUAGAAGAGGAGAGGGAGAAGGAUCGGGCGGAGAUACUUGUGGUGGUGGAAAAAGAGAUGGAGAGAAAAUGGAAGAAGUUGCAGAGGAAGUCUCCAGCAAAUAUAAUACAGAAGACGGAGCAGGACAUGAUAGAGAUGAUGAAGGCAAUAGAAAAUGAGAGGGAGUUGGAUCGGAUUGAGAUACUUGAAGCUGUGGAAAAAGAGAUGGAGAGAAAAUGGAUGAAGAUGCAGAAUGUAGGUCAGAAAGAGAAAGCAGGUAACGGUGAGGAGCAAUUGACGAAGAAGGAACAGUGUAUUGGGGAUCAGGAAAAGAGGGUAGAACAGGAGGAGAACAAGCUGUUAGGACAGAUGAAAGAGAGCCAGACAUGUCUAGAUGAAAUUAAAAAAGAAAAGGCUAAGAGGGACUUAAGAUUGGCAGAGACAUUUGAUGAAGAGCUAAAGAAAGGAAAAGAGAGGAUGAAGACCCUGGAGAAGUUGAGGAAGGAAAAAGACAAGGAGGAUAAACUCUGGUUGGAGGAAGAAAAAAAGAAAGAGAAAGAGAGGAUUAAGAACCUGGAGAAGGAGAUGAAAGAAAAAGACAAGGAGGAUAAACUCUGGUUGGAGGAAGAAAAAAAGAAAGAGAAAGAGAGGAUUAAGAACCUGGAGAAGGAGAUGAAAGAAAAAGAAAAGGAGGAGAAAUUUAAAUGGGAAGAAGAGAAACAGAAAGAAAAAGAGAGGCUGAAGAUCCUUGCGAAUGAGAUGAAGGCACAAGAACUAGAAGAGAAUCUUAGGUUUGAGGAAGAAAAGAAGAGAAUAAAGAACCAGAAGAAGGAGAAAAAGGAAAACGAAACAGAGGAGAAACUGAGAUUGAAAGCAGAGAAAAAGAAAGAAAAAGAGAUGGCAAGAAUUUGGGAGAAGGAGAGGAAGGAAAAAGAAAAGUUGGAGAAACCUAGACUUGAGGAAGAGAAAAAGAAAGAACAGGAGAGGAUAAAUAACCUGGAGAUGGAGAAGAAGGAAGAAGAAAAGAGGGAAAAGAGGUUGGCUGAAGCUGAGAAAAAAAGAGAACAAGAUGAGAAGAAGCGCCUGAGAAAAGAGGAGAAGGAUAACGAAAAAGCGGAGAAAAGGUUAGCUGAAGCUGAGAAAAAAAGAGAACAAGAUGAGAAGAAGCGCCUGAAAAAAGAGGAGAAGGAUAACGAAAAAGCGGAGAAAAAGUUAGCUGAAGCUGAGAAAAAAAGAGAACAAGAUGAGAAGAAGCGCCUGAAAAACGAGGAGAAGGAUAACGAAAAAGCGGAGAAAAGGUUAGCUGAAGCUGAGAAAAAAAGAGAACAAGAUGAGAAGAAGCGCCUGAAAAAAGAGGAGAAGGAUAACGAAAAAGCGGAGAAAAGGUUAGCUGAAGCUGAGAAAAAAAGAGAACAAGAUGAGAAGAAGCGCCUGAAAAAGGAGGAGAAGGAUAACGAAAAAGCGGAGAAAAGGUUAGCUGAAGCUGAGAAAAAAAGAAAACAAGAUGAGAAGAAUCGCCUGAAAAAAGAGGAGAAGGAUAACGAAAAAGCGGAGAAAAAGUUAGAUGAAGCUGAGAAAAAGAAAGAAAAAGUUGAGAAAAGGGUACAAAAGCAGGAGGAGAAAAAUAGAGAGCUUAAACUAAAACUGAAGGAAAAAGAAGAGAAUAUAAAAAAUAAGCAGGAGAGGAAAGAAAAAGAGAAACAAGAGAAAAUGAGAAAGGAGCAAGAGAAGAAAGAAAGAGAGAGGCGAGAGCAAAUGAAACGGACAGAGAAGAGAAUAAGAGAGAUUGAGGCAAUGAGGAGGGCGAGACAACAGACAUCAGAGUAUUCAGACUCCGAGGAGUGGGCAGAUACAGAGAGUAUUGAUGAGUCUGUCUCUGAUUGGUGA